UUGGGGGCGGGCCUUCACGGGGCGUGAACCGGAAGUGCAAGCCGUCCAGCUUCUCUUCUCGGCUAGGCUGAAUCUGUUCUGCUGGGCCCGCUAGAGAACUUUUUAAAAAAUUUUUUUCUUCCCCUCCCGCCCCAACGGUCGCCGUGGCCAACAAUUGCCUCGCCCGCCUGGCAGCCUCCCCCGCGUCGCCUUCUCCUCCUCCCCGGCUGCGCGCGGCCUGUCUGUCCUCUCCCUCCGGCCCGGCGGGAUUCGCUUGCUGCCUCCGCCGCCACCGCCUCCUCUUCUCCAGCCCGGCCGACCUCGCCGCCCCGCUGCAGUGAUGUGCGACAAGGAGUUCAUGUGGGCCCUGAAGAACGGGGACCUGGACGAGGUGAAGGACUACGUGGCCAAGGGAGAAGAUGUCAACCGGACAUUGGAAGGUGGAAGGAAACCUCUUCAUUAUGCAGCAGAUUGUGGACAGCUUGAAAUCCUGGAAUUUCUGCUGCUGAAAGGAGCAGAUAUUAAUGCUCCAGAUAAACAUCACAUCACCCCUCUGCUGUCUGCUGUCUAUGAAGGUCAUGUUUCCUGUGUGAAAUUGCUUCUGUCAAAGGGUGCUGACAAGACUGUGAAAGGCCCAGAUGGACUAACUGCCUUUGAAGCCACUGACAACCAGGCAAUCAAAGCUCUUCUGCAGUGAUGGACAGAUGGGCUGACAGCUCUAGAAGAAUGACUCUCCUGUGGCCUCACACUGCUGCCUGUCUGUCUGUCACUCUCUACUUGCCAGCUUCUUCAGCUAAAAUACUUCUAGAGGGGUGAGGGGAGAGAAAAAUUCAUAACCAAUCAAACUACCAGAAAAAGAAAAAAAAAUGUUUUGGAGGAGAGGGCAAACAAACCCAUGAUCAGGCUUUUACUGGGAUUCCUGAUCCAAUCAGCCUCUUUUCCGUUUCUCUUAAUAGUAAAAUACAUAGCUUCUACCCAAGAGAGAACAAAGACUAAAUAGACCAGGAAUAUUUGACCUUUUUAGCUCCUUACCUAACAUAAACUAGAUUGUGUCAAGGGUCUGAUUAUAUACAAAGACCAACUACACGUAUUAGGUAGCCCUGACUGUGCAGGCAGUCGGGGGGCUACUGCAAUGUAAACUUAGGGUGCUGAGAUAAGCAAUUAGCUCUAGCCUUCUGCCUUAAGAUGCACUCUGUUGGGGAUCUCCUGGCUAAGAUCUACGAGCGCUGCUUGUGGUUGGUGACCAAAUCUUCCCUCUGUGACUUCCAGCUUUAUAGGAAAAUCUCUGUUAAAUUGAGGAGGGGCACACCCCCACAUGGCUGGAUGACUGAACUUUGGAUUUCCUCUCCCCUGUCACACGAAUUUCAUGGGUCUUUAGAUAAAAAAUGACCAGUUUUAUUUAUUUAAAGAAACCUUAGAAUUUUGAUAGUCUAGAGGAGAAAUCAUUCCAGUAUGCUUUUUUUUUUUUCUCCUCUAGACCUGGACAUUUAUAUAAUAUUGAAACACUUUGAGACUUCUGCUGGUAGUAAAAGGAGAUUUUAAAAUAGAGACAUAGCCAUAAACCUGGUAAUCAUGUAAAGAGAGAGCAGUUGUCUUGUACCUGCAGAUCGUCUUCACUUGCCUUUUGAAUAGAUUGGCCUCCGUUUUAUUUGGAGAGUCAGGGAACAUUCUUUGGAAUGCCUCUCUCAAACCCAUCUCUGAUGCUGAUUACUUAUUGCACCAAAGCUGUCACUGGGGUAAGAUUUACUCUUCACAAAUUUAACCCCAUCCCUUCAAAACUGUUGUCCCUAGGUUUCUCUGAGUUAUGAAUAGGCUUCUGCUGAACAUAUGCCAGCCCACCUGCAUAAUAGAUGCUUGUUUCUUUUCUCAGCCAUGCAUUGCAUAAAGAAUGACCUCUUCAUAUUCUGUGUUCUUAAAAUACAGGACCCAAAAACAGUGUUGUUACGACCUGCAGAAAAUAUUUAAACACACUGUCAAACAUUUGUUUCCUGAGCAGGACAGCUAAUUAAGACAUGUAACUUCAAAUUUGCUACCUUGCAUUUAAAAAAUAUUUUCUUUAACUUGUCAGCCAUAUAAAAUAACUCAAAAUGUUAGGGUUUUUCUUUAGUUAAAUCAUGCAAUAAUUGAAUGUACCUCAAAUUUUUAGUGGUGGGGGGGCAAGGGUAGUUUAGGGACUUACAUUCAGUUAUGGAAAAUAAUUGAUUUUUUUAGGCAAUGUAUAAUUCUACAGCAGGGUUAAACUAGUAUCAAAUAAUAGUCAGCCUGGCUAAUAACAAAUCUUACUAUUCAGUUGCUGAUUGGUGUGUGUAUGUGUGUGUGUGUGUGUGUGUGUGUUGCCCCAUGAAAAUUUUUUUUCUAAUAAUCCUGUGACUUUUUCACUUAGAACUAGCAUAGUCUUGUAACCUUCCUGCAUAAAACAAUCACAAAAAUGAUGGUCUAAAUACUCUGGAAUAUUUAGCUAAGUCUGCUGCCAUCAGAGUGGGAUUAGAAGUCAGUAAUCGGUACCUUCUAGCAUUACUUAGCUGUGAGGCGGAGCCAUCCUCACUGGAGAUAGAGGGCACUCUAUCAGGCUGUGACUCUCAGUGUAGUAGCAGGGUGUUUCCAUAUCUUUGGGUUCACCUCUUAACAUAAUACUAUUAAAAGGCUCGGAUUCUUCCCUCCUAACAGUGUCUUUACCUUUACUUUCAAAGUGUGUUGUAGUUGGCUACUGAAGAGAGUGCAUUGUCCUAUCAGACCUAGAAUUCAUCUGCUUUCUACACUCACUGGUCUAGAAACCAUGUGACUCUGUACAGUUUAUCCUUCAUUCCUUGUAAUGCAGUGGAGGCUACUUUGCCUUCCCUCUUCUUUCUCAGCCAUGAAGCAAUUGCUUAAGAAAAUCACAUAGACAUAGAAUAUAGACUAACCAAGAUGGUUGACAAUUUCUUGUUUUUUAACUAGAUUAUUUAUAAAGUAUUUCUGAACCACUUGGCAGAAGCAUUCACAACACUUACUGUUCAUAUUUUGAGUAAAGAAAGCUAAAAUCAUGUCUGCUUUUUGGUACUACAUGCAUUAGUGAAAGAUUAAGUUCUCUUUUCCACUAACAUCUCAGAAAAAUUCUUUGCAUGUUCUGUAGUUUUGUAUUAAGUCAGUCAUUCGUAUGCACUAUAUCAAGUAACAAAACCACUGGUUUAGUUAUUUAUAGUUGGUGUACUAACAAAUUUCCCCAUCAGCUUCGACUGCUAUCUGUAGACUUUUAAUUCAAAUACAGCAUUGGAGUUUACCCAGAUAGUUCUCCUGUAUACUGCUCCCCUUCUGAACUAAGAAGGGGUGGGUGAGGGCAGUGUGUGGGCGCUGCCAACAAGUGGACCUUUCUUUUAUUAAUUUCUUCCUCCUAACAAUUAAUUUAAAAUCCAUAAGCUCCUGAUUUUUACCCAAAACUUCAACUGAGCUGCUCUUUGUCCCCAUGCAAUAUUGAAUGCUCAGCUGUGUACAGAAGAAGCUGGCGAGAGUGCCCUCCGAACAUAAGCAAUUGCAGUGUAUUGCAUGCAGAUUUUUAACAAAUUUAAAUUGUCCUGAUUCUAUUUUGUAAAUGGAGAAACAAUCAUAUCUUUCUAAGCAGUAUUGGAGGAAGACUAGUGCUUUGUGCAUUUUGAUAUAUUUGAGUUCAUUUUUUUCCAAAUGUGAUACUUUUGACACAAAUGGAUUUCUCACAUUAUCCUAGAUUAUGUACAUCUGAAUGCUAAAUAAUACUGUGUUUAAGUUUUGUGUUGCAAGAACAAAUGGAAUAAACUUGAAUUGUGCUACA